UAUUGUCAAAGGUUUAAAAUGUUUUGUUUCAAGAAAAUGCAGACUCUGAUUGUGUUUACUAUUUUAAACUUCCUAGUUGGAGUUUACUCAAAAUGCGACAAACUGACUGUACAAACUUCAACUGGACCAGUCCGGGGAUCACACACUCCCAUCAACACCAACCUAACAGUCAUCUCUUUCAAAGGGAUACCUUACGCAGAACCUCCAGUUGGUAACUUACGUUUUGAGCCCCCAGUACCAAAAUCUCCGUGGAAUGACACCCUGGACGCCACAAACUACGGAAGUUUCUGCGUCCAAGAUGACGGUUCUGGUUCUGAAGACUGUCUCUACAUCAACAUCUUCACACCGAAACUUAAUGGUAAUUUGCCCGUUAUGGUUUGGAUUUACGGCGGUGCCUUUAUAACUGGCGACGGCAACGAUAACCCCGCUUACAUCCUGGAAAAGGGAGUCAUUUUUGUUUCGUUCAACUACCGACUGGGUAUCCUGGGAUUCGUGAGCACGGGAGAUUUGGUAGCGCCCGGAAACGCAGGCCUCAAAGACCAGGCCCUGGCGUUGAAGUGGGUGCAAAGCAACAUCGCAAAAUUCGGUGGCAACCCCCGCAACGUGACGAUUUGGGGUGAGAGUGCCGGAAGCGCUUCUGUUUCUUAUUUAACCCAAUCGAAUCUGACUAGAGGUUUGUUCCAGGGGGCGAUUAUGGAAAGUGGCUCAAGUCUUUGCUCUUGGGGCUUGACCAGAGAUGCGAGGGACACAGCUUUCGAACUCGGACAGAGGUUGAACGUUGACACAACAAACUCCACCACAUUGAUAAACGGGUUGAAGCAAGUGGACGUCAAAAAGCUGCAAAAUGUCUCUUCUACCACUUAUUUGUACGUUGCUGGCACAAGGAACCCUUUGAACGGUCUUCCAUAUGGUCCAGUUAUGGAGCCAGACCACGAAGGAGCCUUCUUUUCUAGUAAAAGUCACGAGUUAUUGAAAAACGGUGGCUUCCACAAGGUUCCAAUGAUUAUUGGAUACAAUUCAGAAGAAGCUGUUUCUGCUUCAACCAUAUCACCUUUGCUGAAGUUGUUGUUGGUGAAGUACGAUUUCCAGCCAGCCAAUUUAGUACCUGACGACAUGAAUAUACAAUCAUCCUCUGAUAAAGGGACAGUGGGCAACAUCAUCAAAUCCCAUUACUUUGGACUAGACCUUAUUCUGUCCAGCAACGAAAAACUGGCACAGUUCAUCAGUGAGGAUCAAUUUUUCCGUCCAAUUACGGAGACAAUCCGCCUUCAAUCAAUAUCAACGCCAGUUUACUUCUAUCUUUUCUCCUACAAAGGCGUCUUGGGUACCACCUCAAACAGGACCAUGCCCGGUGUUGGACAUGCUGAGGAACUACCAUACCUAUUCAAAAACAACGAGACCAACAUUGAUUCGUCAGAUCAAGUAACAGUUCAGAGGAUGACCACAAUGUGGACCAAUUUUGCUAAAUUUGGGACGCCAACUCCUAAAGAAGACUCAUUGUUUGAUAAUGUAAUUUGGGAACCUGCAAGAACGUCUAAUGCGUCAUCAGAUCUCAAGUACUUGAACAUUGGAGUGAACUUAACUCUUGGAGUUAAUCCUAAUGAAGAAGCCAUACGUUUCUAUCAAGAUUUGUAUGAUAAAUACGGAAAUCCACCUUAUACUUCAUAUUAAACUGAUUAUUUUAUAUAAAAAAAUAACUUAUACUAAUAAAUAAAAGGUUUUAAUU